UUCUGCACUUGAUCCCGAAGUCAUGCAAUAUCUAUCGUACUCUCGUAGAAUCGCUAGGGUGGCUCUCAUGGAGACCGAUGUGAGAUUUGUAUACAAUGCCUCUCAUGUUGUUCAACGGCCGAGCCAUCGAUCUCUUUCCCACUCUGCAUUUCCAGGAAAAAUGGAUACUUGUAAUCAGUUGUACGCUCAAUCACCUAUGACGGGGUUGAUGAUGCUGAGAGCUAACUUUACCUCUGAAACAAAACAUGUCGAGAAUCCUACAGAGGCUGUCAAGGAAUUACAUGGUAAAAUACUUGAUUCUGUGAAUGUCAAGAGAUCAAUGGCUCCAAAUGCUUGGUUGUGGUCAUUGAUUGAGAACUGUCGGAACGAGGAUGACAUUAGUUUUCUGUUUGAGGUUCUGCAGAAUCUCCGGAGAUUUAGAUUGUCCAAUCUUCGUAUUCAUGACAACUUUAAUUGCAAUCUAUGCCAGCAUGUUGCUAAGACUUGUGUACGUGUGGGUACAAUUAACCAUGGUAAAAGGGCUCUUUGGAAACAUAAUGUUCACGGGCUGACUCCGAGCGUUGCAUCUGCACACCAUUUACUGUCAUACGCAUUAGAGCACAAGGACGCGAAACUCAUGGAUGAAGUAAUGAAACUCCUGAAAAUGAAUAAUCUGCCUUUACAACCUGGGACAGCGGAUUUUGUUUUCAGGAUCUGUCAUGAUACAGAUAACUGGGAUCUAUUAGCUAAGUACUCGAAGAAAUUCUGCAAAGCUGGAGUCAAGCUCAGGAAGACCACAUUUGAUGUCUGGAUGGAAUUUGCUGCCAAAAGAGGAGACACAGAGUCGUUAUGGAAUGUUGAUAAACUGAGAUCUGAGACUUACACUCAACACACCCUUUCCGGUGCUUUUUCAUGUGCAAAGGGCUUUCUGCUAGAACAUAAACCUGAAGAAGCUGCUGCUGUAAUCCAAAUCAUCUGUCAGGCGUAUCCUGAUGAGAAGAAGUCAGCAUUUGAGGCUGAAUUCAAGAAGCUGGUAAACGAGUGGCCUGUGGACAUUAUCAAGCACCAAAAUGAAGAAGACAAGAAGGCUGUAGCUGCAUCACUGAAAUCUGACAUCCCUGCAAUGGUCAAUGCUUUGGUAAACUCUGGUUUGAGAGUGAGAGUGGAUUUAGAUGAGUUAAACAAGAAUGAAGCUCUUCUCAUCUGAUGAUUGGAUUGAUCCAUUUCACCGCAACUAGAAGAUCAGUUCAUGGCAGAAUAAUAUUCAAAUCGAUAAGUGGGAUAGUGUGAGAGGCAAACAACAGAAGUCUUUAGGGUUUGUCUUUAGGACAGAGACACAAACUGACAAGAGUUACCCUUUUUGUAAUAACAAAAUUUGGAAAACAAGAAUUUUGAUUCUCAAAGAGACCUUUCUACUUCGAUCA